AUGGAAAAGAAGCAGGUGCGUCCUCCACGAGUGCUUCCACCGGUGCCAAGUGCUGUUCAAGAUGACAUCCCACUAAAUCGUCCCAAGAAAAAGAAGUCCAGGCCAAAAAACACCCUAGUUAGUACCUCUUUGGAUGGUCUUGUUCAGGCUGCUGUCAUUAGGCCGUCUGAAGUCAGUGAGCCGCCAACUAAAGACCAAGCAGAACAUACAGAAACUCCUGCUCAAAGGAAAAACAAGAAGACGAGACUCCUUCCUGAAUUGGAGACUUCCCUCUCCCAAAAGAAGGCAUCUAGUCCAACUUUAUUAAGAAACGAAAAUGGCAUUGAUGUGGAACCAGCUGAGGAGGCAGUUAUUCAAAAACCUCGAAAGAAGACAAAGAAAACCCAGCCAUCAGAAUCACAGUAUGCCAAUGAGCUAGGAGUAGAAGAUGAAGAUAUAAUUGCUGACGAGCAAAGUAAUCUAGAACAACAAACUGUAUUUACUGCACCUACUGGCAUUAGCCAGCCUGUAGGCAAAAUAUUUGUGGAAAAAAGCCGACGAUUCCAGGCUGCUGACCGUUCAGAGCUGAUAAAGACCACAGAAAAUUUAGAUGUGCCAAUGGACCUGAAGCCAUCCUGGACGACCAGAGAUGUUGCGCUUUCAGUGCACCGGGUUUUCAGGAUGAUUGGUUUCUUUUCUCAUGGCUUCCUGGCUGGCUGUGCUGUGUGGAAUAUUGUUGUGAUAUAUGUUCUGGCAGGAGAUCAGCUAUCAAACCUUAAAAACCUUCUGCAACAGUACAAGACCUUAGCAUAUCCAUUCCAGAGUCUUCUCUACUUGCUUUUGGCUCUAAGUACCAUUUCAGCUUUUGACAGGAUUGACUUUGCUAAAACAUCAGUAGCAAUUCGAAGUUUUCUGGCUCUGGAUCCAACAGCUUUAGCAUCUUUCUUGUACUUUACUGCUCUCAUACUAUCUUUGAGUCAGCAAAUGACAAGUGACAGAAUCCACCUGUACACAUUUGGUAAUGGCAGCCUCUGGGCUGCAGGAAUUGAAGAACAGAUUCUCCAGCCUUGGAUUGUGGUGAAUCUGGUGGUAGCCCUUUUGGUUGGGUUAGCUUGGCUCUUUUUGUCUUAUAGGCCUGGUAUGGAUCUUAGUGAAGAAUUGAUGUUCUGCUCUGAUGUAGAAGAAUAUCCUGAUAAAGAUAAAAGAAUCAAAGCCUCUUCAUAA